AUGGGUGAUUUCAAAACUUCUUUUGAAUCCAACACCGCCGAGCAAAUAAGGGGAGAAGCAAAGAAGGUUUCUACUGAAGAAAUUAAGAAACCAGCUUGUGGCUCUGAUGAGCACGAACAAAAACCACCCAAGUCAAAAGACCAGAAGGAUAAUGAAGCCGAAGAAAAAGCAAGGAAAUCCUAUGAAGCCCAAGUCACUCUGGAAACUCAAAAGAUUCUUUUUGUUGCCUGGUCUAUGGAACGUAUUUUGAAUGAAUCCAUCGAUAAUCCAAGUGUUUAUUGGCUGGAGCCAGUUACUUUGUUUGAAUUAGAAAACACUUUGGAUUCGCAGCUUGAUUUUCCUAUAACUCUGAAGGCAUUCUUGUUUCGUAGUUUUGGAAGAGUUGAGAAUGCGCUUGAGUCUACUAACAAUGUCAAUCUGAUGCUUAUCUCCUUUUAUCUGAAGCAUGACAAGCCACAAUACCAAACCUUGAGUUCAAAGAAGAUUACAGCAGUGAUGGUUAUUGGACAAUUGAAACCAAAAGCUUCCUUAAUGCUCGAUUUAAAAUUGCUCGAGGAACCUAUUGUGGCGUAUCUCAAGAGGAUGUUGGUCUCGUACAUCCACGAAGUCGGCAAAAUGGAUGUAGAGAUUGCAGUAGUGCUCCGAAAGAAAGCCAUUAUCAAACCCAAAGAAGCUUUGUGUGAUGUUUACAAAGUGAAGCUCGGAAAGAUUCAUAAAGACAAUUGGAAUUUGGUUUUUCAACAGAGUGCUAGAGAUGGUUCAAAUUCUCAAAGAUGUUUCUUCUCUCUUUCGGAUAAGCAUCUUUACUCCACUUCCUACUUGAACUACGUUUUGGAGUUAAUCGAGAAAUCAAAAGCAACCGAUACUACAAGUAAGAAAUGA